CUCAAACGUCAGCGUCACAGGCAGGGACUGGCUUCGCGGUCCCCGAUGGGAGAGCAUGAACAGGUGUGACCCUCUCCUGGCUGGCCUACCCCGGGACCCUGACUUCGCUGUGACCUGCCGCUGCUCAUCGCCCUUGCCCGCCAACGUGGGCUUGCCAGCUGAGAGGAAGUGUGACAAGUUCUGGGACUCUUCCUCAGACAAGAUCUUGGACUGCACAAACCCCUGGGCCAGGGUCUCAGAUUCGGAGAUCGUGGGGCCGGCUUCUUCAGAGAACACAGGGACAGGGACGUGUGGCAACUGGAGGCCGGGGUGGGGCUCAGGGCUGCGGACACAUGGCACUCCCUGCUUCCCCAGCUCGGAGGUGUUGAAGGAGAGCUGUAAUGACCACGACCUUCUGAAGCGGCAUCACCACAUCUCCAAGAAGUCCUUGGAUUCCAACAAUUGCAAGGUUAAAGCAAAGUCUGCCACCAUGAUCCCCGACUCCCAGAAACAACUGCGGUUCGAACUAGAGUCACUCAAGAGCCAGCUGCAGGCCCAGACCAAGGCUUUCGAGUUUCUGAACCACUCAGUGACCAUGUUGGAGAAGGAGAGCAGCCUACAGCAAAUCAAGAUCCAGCAGCUUGAAGAGGUGCUGAGCCCCGCGAGCUGCCAGGCUCAGAAGGACCUGCGCAAGUGGGGCCUGGAGCAGGGCCGGCAGGAGCUGUACGGGGCCCUGGCCCAAGGCUUGAAGGGGCUGCAGAAGACGCUGCAGGACAACGAGGAGAUGCAGCAGGCCCGCACUGCCCGCUGCCUGCAGCUGCUGGCCCAGGAGAUCCAAGACAGCAAGAAAUUCCUAUGGGAGGAGCUGGAGCUGGUUCGAGAGGAGGUGACCUUCAUCUACCAGAAGCUCCAAGCUCAGGAGGAGGAGAUCACAGAGAACCUGGUGAACAUUAAGAAGAUGCAGAAGACACAGGUGAAGUGCCGCAAGGUCCUGACCAAGAUGAAGCAACAGGGGUUGGAGGCCUGGCUAGAGCCCGAGGAGAUGCUGAGCAGUGGCAGCUCUUGGAAGGACAGCCUCCACAAGGAGCUGAGUGACCUAUGGUCGGCUGUGCACUCGCUACAGAACUCCGUCGACGGCUUCACCAUUUCCUCGGGGGGACGCCAUAAGGCUUCCAGCUUCAGGGGCCACAAGGGGCACCGCUGCUUGAGCCCGCCACCCGCCUCCUGGGACUCAGAUUCAGACUCAGACCACAACCCUUCUUCUCAGCCACCUUCGAGCAGGAGCCGUCCCUUCCCAUCCGCCUGAGCAGGCCGGCUCUGCUCCUCCAGGAAGGCCCUUCCAGAGAGAAAAUAAAGUCGCAGACCCUCUUCCA